CCUCUCCCGCCCUAGAUUGACGAUCUUUCCGACCAAUAGGGGGCGUCGGGUCGGCGGGUGGAGGAACGCGGCCCUCUGUAAUGGCGGAGCGCGGCGGGGACGGGGGGGACGGUGAGCGAUUCAACCCGGGGGAGCUGAGGAUGGCUCAACAACAGGCCUUGAGGUUCCGAGGCCCAGCUCCCCCACCAAGCGCAGUGAUGCGAGGCCCACCGCCUCUCAUGCGACCUCCCCCACCGUUUGGUAUGAUGCGAGGCCCUCCUCCACCGCCUCGGCCCCCGUUUGGACGACCUCCUUUCGAUCCCAAUAUGCCACCAAUGCCCCCGCCAGGAGGAAUUCCGCCACCUAUGGGCCCUCCACAUCUCCAGAGACCACCUUUCAUGCCUCCCCCCCUGGGAACCAUGCCUCCUCCUCCGGGCAUGAUGUUCCCGCCAGGAAUGCCUCCUGUGACUGCCCCUGGUACUCCAGCACUGCCGCCUACCGAGGAGAUAUGGGUUGAAAACAAAACUCCAGAUGGAAAGGUUUAUUAUUAUAAUGCUCGGACGCGUGAAUCUGCAUGGACCAAGCCAGAUGGAGUUAAGGUUAUUCAGCAGUCAGAAUUGACACCUAUGCUUGCAGCCCAGGCACAGGUUCAAGCUCAGGCGCAGGCCCAGGCCCAGGCACAGGCUCAGGCCCAGGCACAGGCUCAGGCCCAGGCUCAGGCCCAGGCCCAGGCACAAGCACAGGCACAGGCCCAGGCCCAGGCCCAGGCCCAGGCCCAGGCCCAGGCGCAGGCCCAGGCGCAGGCGCAGGCUCAGGCGCAGGCCCAAGUGCAAGCACAGGCAGUAGGAGCUUCCACCCCUGCAACCAGUAGCCCAGCACCUGCAGUGUCCACUUCAACGUCGUCAUCCACCCCGUCCUCCACCACUUCUACCACAACAACCGCCACUUCAGUUGCACAGACAGUAUCAACACCCACAACACAAGAUCAGACCCCAAGUUCUGCUGUGUCAGUUGCCACGCCUACAGUUAGUGUUUCAGCUCCUGCUCCCACAGCCACACCUGUGCACACGGUUCCCCAGCCGCACCCCCAGGCGUUACCUCCUGCCGUUCCUCACUCAGUACCUCAGCCAGCAGCAGCAAUACCUGCUUUCCCACCAGUCAUGGUACCUCCGUUUCGUGUGCCCCUUCCUGGCAUGCCAAUUCCACUUCCAGGUGUAGCAAUGAUGCAAAUAGUCAGCUGCCCGUAUGUAAAGACAGUCGCUACCACCAAGACCGGUGUAUUGCCUGGAAUGGCCCCUCCCAUUGUGCCUAUGAUACAUCCUCAAGUUGCUAUCGCAGCUUCUCCUGCUGCCUUAGCUGGAGCAGCAGCAGUUUCUGAAUGGACUGAAUAUAAAACAGCGGAUGGGAAAACCUAUUAUUAUAACAACAGAACGUUAGAAUCAACCUGGGAAAAACCACAAGAACUAAAGGAAAAAGAAAAGUUGGAGGAGAAGAUCAAAGAGCCGAUUAAAGAACCCUCGGAAGAACCUCUGCCGAUGGAGACAGAGGAGGAGGAUGCGAAAGAAGAGCCUAUGAAAGAGAUGAAGGAGGAGCCCAAAGAGGAGGAGAUGACUGAAGAAGAAAAGGCUGCCCAGAAGGCAAAACCAGUAGCUACUACUCCUAUUCCUGGUACUCCAUGGUGUGUUGUUUGGACCGGUGAUGAGCGAGUCUUCUUUUAUAAUCCCACCACUCGUCUUUCUAUGUGGGAUCGACCUGAUGAUUUGAUUGGAAGGGCGGAUGUUGACAAAAUUAUUCAGGAGCCCCCUCAUAAAAAAGGAAUGGAAGAUAUGAAGAAACUCAGACACCCGACCCCAACAAUGCUGUCCAUCCAAAAGUGGCAGUUCUCUAUGAGCGCAAUUAAAGAAGAACAGGAAUUAAUGGAAGAAAUUAAUGAAGAUGAGCCUGUUAAAGCAAAAAAACGGAAGAGAAUGUCAAAGAAGCCCUUUAUGUGGAUUGCCCGAGCUUCUCUAUUUAGGAGAGAUGAUAAUAAAGACAUUGAUUCGGAAAAAGAAGCUGCCAUGGAAGCUGAAAUUAAAGCUGCCCGAGAAAGGGCCAUUGUCCCUCUGGAGGCCCGAAUGAAGCAGUUCAAGGACAUGCUGCUAGAGAGAGGGGUUUCUGCCUUUUCAACAUGGGAGAAGGAGUUGCAUAAGAUAGUGUUUGAUCCUCGAUACUUACUCCUCAAUCCUAAAGAGAGAAAACAGGUGUUUGAUCAGUAUGUAAAGACCAGGGCAGAAGAAGAACGCAGGGAAAAGAAAAACAAAAUAAUGCAAGCUAAGGAAGAUUUCAAAAAAAUGAUGGAGGAAGCCAAGUUCAACCCAAGAGCUACUUUUAGUGAAUUUGCAGCCAAACAUGCUAAAGAUUCGAGAUUCAAAGCAAUUGAGAAGAUGAAAGAUCGAGAAGCCUUGUUUAAUGAGUUUGUGGCAGCCGCACGGAAGAAAGAGAAAGAAGAUUCGAAGACCAGAGGUGAGAAGAUCAAGUCGGAUUUCUUUGAACUCUUGUCGAAUCAUCACUUGGACAGUCAGUCUCGAUGGAGCAAAGUAAAAGAUAAAGUAGAAAGUGACCCACGUUACAAAGCUGUGGAUAGUUCAUCAAUGAGAGAAGACCUUUUCAAGCAGUAUAUUGAGAAAAUAGCCAAGAAUUUAGACUCAGAAAAGGAAAAGGAGCUUGAAAGGCAGGCCCGCAUUGAGGCAAGCCUUCGAGAACGGGAAAGAGAGGUUCAGAAAGCUCGUUCAGAACAAACGAAAGAAAUAGAUCGGGAGAGAGAGCAACACAAACGGGAAGAAGCCAUCCAGAAUUUCAAGGCUCUUCUGUCUGACAUGGUACGUUCUUCAGAUGUGUCGUGGUCUGACACUCGGAGGACCCUCCGAAAGGAUCACCGCUGGGAGUCUGGAUCCCUAUUGGAAAGAGAGGAGAAAGAGAAGCUUUUUAAUGAACACAUUGAAGCACUUACCAAAAAGAAGAGAGAGCACUUUAGGCAGCUUCUGGAUGAAACAUCUGCGAUUACCUUAACAUCUACUUGGAAAGAAGUAAAGAAAAUCAUUAAGGAAGAUCCUCGGUGCAUUAAGUUUUCCUCUAGCGACAGGAAAAAACAAAGAGAAUUUGAAGAAUACAUCAGGGACAAAUAUAUCACCGCCAAAGCGGACUUCAGGACGCUUUUGAAAGAGACCAAAUUUAUAACGUACAGAUCCAAAAAGCUAAUCCAAGAAUCUGAUCAACACCUGAAAGAUGUAGAAAAAAUUUUGCAGAAUGACAAGCGGUACCUAGUACUGGACUGUGUGCCGGAAGAGAGGCGUAAGCUCAUUGUGGCCUAUGUUGAUGACCUAGAUCGCCGGGGCCCUCCCCCACCUCCCACAGCAUCAGAGCCUACGAGACGCUCCACAAAAUAAUUCCAAAUACUCUUCCACAGGGGUAUCUUUGAAUUCAGAACGCUUGCAUGAGCCAGUUUUCAGGUUUUACGUAUAUGCAUUAGUCAACCUAUUGCAAAACCAUCUGACGAACAGAAGGAGAAGCAUUUGUGAGCAGUUUCUGAAUAGAACACUUUGGAAAU